AUGCAUCCGCAAGAAGUGGAUGAGGAGACUCCCCUGAUACCAACACCUAAUGGUGUUCAGGAUGGGAGCCCGAAAGCGGCAAGAACUCCUCUACCGUGGAGGCAAUUUUCCAUCCUUUUAUUACUGCAAUUGUCAGAGCCUCUGACAUCGCAAGUGAUUGCACCAUUCUUGCCCCAGCUCAUCAGGGACAUCGGUAUCACACAUGGCGAUGAUUCUAGCUUAGGAUACUACGUUGGCUUGGUGCAUUCUCUAUUCUUUAUGACCGAGGCGUGCACGAUAUUCCAUUGGAGUCGUGCGUCGGACAUGAUCGGGCGCAAACCAGUGCUCAUGACCGGGCUUCUUGGUCUUGCGGUGUCGAUGUAUUGCUUCGGACUAUCUAAAACGUUUUUGGGCCUCCUUUUUAGCCGUUGUCUGAGUGGUGCCCUGAACGGGAACAUUGGGGUCAUGAAGAGCAUGAUAGUAGAAAUCACCGAUUCAACGAAUUUAGCUCUGGCAUGCGGUUUCACGCCUCUUGCGUGGUUUGUUGGAACCACAAUUGGGCCACUUAUCGGUGGAUUACUAGAACAUCCAGCGGAGAAAUACCCCACAGUUUUUGGAGGCGCCACAUUCUUCAAGACAUACCCAUAUUUCCUUCCGUGCUUAAUGUCCGCAGCUUUUGCUGUGCUAUGCUGGUUUAUCGCUUAUUUCUUGCUGGAGGAGGUUAGUUCGCCUAUCGUUUUUCUCAUUGGAGUUGGGCCGAUUAUCACACCUAUAGACUACCACACCGCAAAUGUCUGCAAAAGAUUACAUCCUUGGUCGCAAGCCCAAGCCUCAGGGACCGAACGGGGAAUUACCAACAGCAACGGCGAACGGCGUCAACUGCCUCUUCGGAAACUCUUGGUUCCCAACGUGUUGGUUGCCGCAGGCUGUUAUGCCUGCCUUGCCUUCUCUGACAUCGCUUCCCGAACUGUGUUACCCGUGUACUUCACAGUUCCUAUAGAAAUGGGUGGACUGGGACUUGGCCCUUCGGCCAUCGGUACCAUUCUUUCACUACAAGGACUUACCAGUGGCGUCUGCCAAACGCUCUUCUUUGCGUGCUUACAUGAUCGAUUGGGCCCUAAAAACUUAUACUUCUUGGGAUCAUCCUUGUAUUUCCCUGCGAUCAUUCUCUUCCCUUUGACGGCUUGGGCAGCGCGCAUGAGAGGACUAGACUACAUUGUCUGGGCCCUUGUUGGGUCUCAGAUGAUAUUAUUCGUGAUUGCAGGUUUCGCGUUCAGUGUCACUUUCGUAUAUAUCAGCGCGGCAGCCCCGAACCGCGCUUCUAUUGGUGCAACUAAUGGUCUCGCACAGAUGAUGGCGUCUGUGAUGCGUGCGUUAGGCCCUGCAAGCGCCAACUCGGCGUUUUCGUUGAGUAUCCAAAGACAUGUGAUGGGUGGUUACUUCGUGUACUGGAUGAUGAUGGUGAUGGCGAGCGUUUCGGUCGGAAUGGGGUUCCUCUUACCGAAAAAACCGUGGAGGGUUUGA